GACGUCACGCGGGCGGGGUCACGGCUCUACUUCCGGGUCACGGCGCACGUGGUGUGGGGAAUAUCGUGGCCUGCUGCUGAGUGGGAGCCAGAGGAUUUCGGUUCGGUGUGCGGAUUUCGGUUUUCGGUUCGCCAUGAGCUCGGAGCGCGGCAACGCGGCGCGCAAGCGGUCGCAGAAGCACAAGAACGUGACGGCCUUCCGCAACAACCGCCACGACACGAGCCCGCGCGUGCAGAAAAUGAACAGCGUGGUGCACGAGGGAGUGUGCAUGCGCUGCAAGGAGGUGCUGGAGUGGAAGGUGAAGUACGGCAAGUUCAAGCCGAUCACGCAUGCCCGCAAAUGCGUGCGGUGCCAGCAGAGGACGGUGCUGCGUGCGUACCACACGGCGUGCGCCCACUGCUCCGUGCGCCUCGGGAUCUGCGCCAAGUGCGGCACAGAGGGGGGCGUCGUCCUUCCUCUGGGCAACCAAGGAGAUAAAGAAGAGCCCGGAGACCAGGGAGGAGACCAGGGAGGAGAUGAGGGAGGAGACCAGGGAGGAGACCAGGGAGGAGACCAGGGAGGGGACCAGGGAGGGGACCAGGGAGGGGACCAGGGAGGGGACCAGGGAGGGGACCAGGGAGGGGACCGUGAAGAGGUCCAUGGAGGAGGCCACGGAGGAGAUGGAGAGGAUGGGGGUGACGAUGACGCAAGUGACAGCGAUGGGCCUCUGGCGGAGAGUGCGACGUGAAGCAGAUGAGCAGCACUGUGUCCCCCCCACGCCCCCCCCCCCACGCCCCCCACGCCCCCCUCUCGAACCGGAUCUUCCAGUACCUCUGGGAACACCGCCAGCAGUAUAUCAGGUAGCGGUGAGUCCCCACCAUCAGCGAGCCUCCCUGAGCGAGCGGUGUUACUGGGCACAGGUGCAAGAUGGCAAGUGGUCAGCAACACAGAACUCGCCAUCAUCUCUCAAUGCUGCCAUGUCAAGAGUCCACCCAGCAGAAAAUUGACAUCCGAGCGGCGCUAUUGAUAAUGCGAUCGAUAAUUACAGCGAUGUCAAGUCGUCACCGUGCGUCACCGCCGCCGCCGGACAGGAUUUGCUCGCUGCUGUAGGUCGGGAGAGGAGUCCGACUCAAGAGGCACGAGGAGGAACCACAGACGAGCGGGAAGGCAGCAGCAGCAGCAGCCACACGGUGGUGAGCCGGUGCUACCGACGGUUGCCCAAGCUCCGCAGUUCUCUAUAUAUCGAGAUGUUCUCGGCAAAUUAUUGAGUGUUCCUUUUUGGUUUGCGGGAGUCGGGAGGGGCGGGGGGGAUUUGAUUUGACCGUACUUCACCUGCGACUGGGUCCAGCGUUUGUCUGCAGAAGGGUGUGCGGUCCAGCAGGUAGAAGUCGGUUUAGAUGACUACCGUUGUUGAGGCGUUGGCCUGGAGCGGAAUGACGCGAUGUGCUGCCCGUCUUUGCGGUACGGUGCAGCAAUUCUGCGUGAAGAUCCCUCGAGGGGUCAACAGCCGACGCCGGUCGUGACGUGUGUGCAUCGGAUCGCAAGUGCGAGGGGUCGGGGCGACAACCGGUUAUUCAAAACGCAUGCGAACGAUGUGCUCAUCAUGCGCUAACUUUACAGUUGGGCUAAGAAUGAUCGAGACCAUGACAGAAAGGAGACGGUGAAGAUGACAGGCGGAGAGAAUCGGAACCCCGGGGAAUCUCGAGAGGGGAAACGCACGAGGCUCGUGGCGGUCGCGAUGGUUCCAUCUGGAGCCACAUUCACGUUCAAUUAAACGAUAUUUUACCAA